GCACACGUCGGCGCCGUUGAGAGGAUCACCUGCUCCAGGAGCGAAGCCGCGCGAGUUAGCUUCAGCUGUUCGCAAUCGAUCCCGCUGACAUCUGGAGCCCGAGCGCCGCACCGCCGUGCCAAUCUCCUUGACACCGAGCGACGCGUAUGCUGGCAAGUUAAAGCCAGCAAGAAACUUAAAGGAGACCUCUGAGAGAGAGAGAGAGAGUGAAAGUUUUUUUUUGUUUUAUCCUGGUUCUUUAAGCCUCGGUGAUCUGCGGCGAUUGCGGACUGAAAAUGAAAGCUUCGUUCACCGGGAUGUUCCUGCAGCUUUUGAUCCUCAUUUUGGGGAGAGGGAUUCAAGUUCAUGCAGUGACCAUUGUGACUGCAAAGGUUGGAGAAACGAUCACACUGCCUUGUGAGGCAGAAAAAAGAGUGGACUUGUACUUGGUGACAUGGAGACUGGAAAUUAAUGAAAAUGACAAGAAACAACUCAUUUCUUUUUCGCCAAAGACUAAUAUAACAACAGACAAAGAGUUUCCCAGAUACAAGGACAGACUAAUUCUAAACAAGGAUCUCUCCUUAAAAAUUUUGGAUGUUGGAGUUCAGGAUGAAAAGAAAUUUUCCUGCUCUACAGUGAUGGCAUCAGACAUGGCUGAAUCUGUUGUACAUGUCAAAGUUUACAAGCAGCCUACUUCUCCCGUAAUUGAACAGCCAGCUCCAUUUCUCAUUGCAGGGAAACUACAACAGGUUGGUGUGUGUGUUGUGAAAAAUAUCUACCCUCCUGGCAAGAUUUCCUGGCAAUACAAUUCUCAGGAUCUGGACAGCAACAGCCCAGGUGUAAGGAUUGUCAAUUCCAGUGUUGUUAAUAGUAAACACUCGUACAAUUUAACAUCUAUCCUGGAGUACACACCAUCAAGAAACGAAGGAAGAAUAUCUUUUCGCUGCCAGGUGACUUACUUUGAAGACCUGGACAGAAAUGCAACGAAAGUAUCUCCAUCAGUAGAUAUGUUCGUACAUUACAAUACUUCAAAAAUUUCUUUACAAGUGUCACCAGCGCAAGAUGUCUUGGAGGGAACAACUGUACUACUUUCAUGCUCAGGUGAUGGCUAUCCACAACCAACAAAAUUCACCUUCACCAAGAAUGGAGAAGAGAAAGCAGUUGACGUGGACAUACUUGAGCUGUCAGACGUGAGAGAAGGGAAUAGUGGUGAAUAUGCCUGUUCACAACCAGAAAACCCUGACUUGAAGGAUGCUCUUAACAUCACUGUGCAUUAUCUGAAUCUGACAAUGAGUCCUAGUGAAAGUGUCUCCAGGAUGGUCGGGGAGAAUCUAACGCUGGAGUGUAUUGCUUUUUCCUCUGGAACUUUGGAUGUUACCCUGAUGAAAAAAAAUAAAGCUAAUCCGAACCCUUUAGUGGUGAAGUCACUACAGUAUGCGCACGCUGGUAAUUACACUUGCCAAGCCAAAGUGAAGGAAGUGAAGGAAAUGAAGAGAGAAAAAUCUAUAAUCAUACGUGUGGAAGGAAAACCGAAGGUAACUAAAUUGACAAAGAGAGUGGUGAACAAGGCGAAAGUGAUCACUUGUGUUGUGGAGGGUUUCCCCAAGCCUGUUGUCCAGUGGAGCAUUAAUGGAACAUCGCCAAAAGAAGAACCAGUAAAAGACAAAAGAUCACAGUGGGUCCAUAAGAUAACAGUAAAGCCUUCAGAGAACAUUACAGUGACAUGCACAGCCAUAAAUAUCCAUGGGGAGGAUCAAUAUUCAGUUAAUCUAACUGCCAUGCGGUUCCGGGAACCUGCGGAUGAAAGUCUUGAGCAAGACUCUUCAGAUCCAAAAAAUAACAGUGACAAGAGCAGCGGUGGUAAUCGGGCCAAAGUAAUAGUGGGAGUAAUCAUCGGCCUGUUAAUAGCAGCAUUCAUCGCUGGCAUGAUUUACUGGUUGUACAAGAAGAAAAGCAAAACCAAUGAGAGAGGUACGGCUGAUGAGUUCAAGAAGAUAAACAAGGGAGACAACAACCAUACGUCAGGCUCCUCAGCUGUGUAACUGUUAUCUCAACAAGACAGGGAGAGAGAACCAUCGAUUUAGAUACAGAUUGGUCAAGGAUAUGAAAGCCACUGAAACAGCAAAAUGUAAAACAUGCUGAAAUUGGCAGGGAGUUGAAAUUGCCGUCUCCACCACCACUGGCAAUGCCUUAUCUCUUAAGAUACAGAUGUACAAAUAUCUGCAGCUGAAUAUCCAAAUAUUUCUAACGAAACACAAUUAAACUGGUUUGUUACUCUGAGGGCUGAAGUAGCAUGUUACCUAACCAAAUGUAUGAGGAAAAAUUCCUCCCACACAAAAACUAGGUAAACAUGUGACUUUUAUUAUGGAUCAACCUGUAACAAAAAGAUAUUUCUUAUUUAAAUAAGGUACUCAGUCCUCCAAAGGAAUAAGAAAGUUUCCUGUGGUAGCAAGUGAGUUUUUUUUUAAUCCCCAAAAAGAGUGUUUCGUUGUUUUGAAUUUCUGCACUGAUGUGUUCGCUUUAAAUGUUAAUAUUACGGGGGUGGUUAAUGCUUUCAUGUGUCAUUUCCUUAUGGCAUUAGUUUAUGGGAUAUUGUGGAUCAUGCUUAAUUGUUUUUUAAAUAUUAGCUUCAGGUUAAUUUCCUUGGCAAUUUAAGUCAGUAAGAACUAUGAUAAUGCCAAGAUUUCAAGAAGCCCACCAUACGAGUUUGCCGUAAGCCCUUUUCGGGGGUCAGCAGAACUUGAUUAGCCCAUAUAAUGGAGAGAAAUCUUGGGCUCUGAAUUUUCAGUUUGGAAAUGUGGUUGAGGAAUCCUCCAGAAAGAGGAAGGAAGACAAAUUAAACAAAAUUGAAUUUAGUCUUUCUGGCUUCUGUGGUUGAUUCAAGAUAGAAGAUAAAAUGGCAGCUUUAUAGUGGAGAUUUCACAGUCCUUUACUUAUUCAUGGCUUGCAUAUAAAAUGUCCUUUUUUAAUUUGAUGCUAACUUAACCAGUUACGUAGCUUAAAGCACACUGUUGAUGGGCCAGUUUCAAUGUAUCUAUACUCUUCUCACAUCUUACUCAAAUCAUAUUGGAGAAAUUUGCACGUGGAUAUUUUAGCAGAAUUGGAAAUAUGGAAGAAUGGUGUAAAUAUAUAAUUAAUGCAACUAUUUCAACCAAUCUUAACUGAAGCUCCUACAGGUUACAUAUAGGUAUGAUAGGACGGACAAUACCCAAAUCGUAUGGAAAAAAUGGAGAAGGCUAAAUAGAAAUAGUAAUAUGAAUUUGGAUUACUUUGUUAACAGGAACCAUUUUCCAGGCAGCAGUUCUUUUGUGAAAUCAGUCCAUUAGUAGAUAUAGUUUGUGAAAAUUAUGAAUGGAAAAGGUGGAGUAGUAAGUGUAGUAUCGCAAAUGCGCUCAGGAAUGUGUAUAUAAUAUCAUUAUACACAAACUGGCUCCCCAUGUUUUUAAUCUGGUGACUUUGAAAAAUAGAAGAUAGCAAUUGAGCAGGUAUUUAACUUGGCACAAAAGUCCUAAUGCCUGACUGAACAACUGUUUUGAUAAAUCCAUUAAAACUUUGCAUAUUUCUUGCAAUUUAUUCAGUUAGUUUCCGAGUGACCUGGUAAUGGGCUAUUAUUUGUCUUCUGCUAAUUAUAAUCUCAAUUCCUCAUUAUCCUGAACUUUUACAUUUGCCAAAUGUUUGUUGCAGCAUAUUUAAAGAGUUUGUGGACCCUUGGCACUUCAGUUACCUCUUCAGGCACAACACCAGAGUAUUGGUGAGGUUAGCUGUACAGAUAAUUGGGUCUUAUAAAAAUGACAGCUGUAAUUUUUUUAAUUCAUUAAUCAGAGAUAUAGUGAGAAUUUUAUGUUUUGUAUAUAGUAAUAGUUCCAUAAAGGUUUGCUAUUUCUUAAUGAUGAAUUGAAUAAUUCUCAGUGAAAGCAGGAAAAUCAUUGUCGGUCUCCUGCUGUUGCAACAUGGGCCCACAACACAGACUCACUGAAAGUUUAAUAACAAAAAAAAAUAUUCUGGAGUGGUAUAAACAAGUGGAUGUAUCAUGCAAGAAGUAAAACAGAUUACAGAAUCACCUGUAAUGAAAGUGGAAUAUAAUGUAUUUGGUCAUUUUGUGGCAUUAGCCCCAAUUAUUUAGCCUGAUUCUUGUACAAAAAAACCGUUCUUGAUCUUUAAUCUUUCCAGUUUGCUAAAAAUAAAUGUUUUGA